CUCCGCGCCCUGGCCCCGGGUCGCCGCCCCGGACCCCCGCCCCGGCCGGCCCCUCCCCCAGCCCACACCGGAGGAAGGGAGGGAGGCAGGGAGAGAGAGGGAAGGCGCCAGUGAGCCAAGAAGCGGGAGCAGGGCGCAAGCCGCCGCCGGUUCGCUUGGAAACGGUUGCCACAGCAACCGGGUUGCGCUCCCCGGCAACGCGGCUGCAGGGCGGCGACCCCCUAUCCCCGCCCCCACGAGGGGCCGAAGCCCCGGGGGACUCUCCCUCUCGCGGUGGGGGGAACUUCGACCCUCUGGCCCGUCUGGGUGUUCCUGCCUCCACAGCCGUCGAGGGUGGGGGUGGGGGGCGAGCGGCCCCGUGGGCAGGAGCUGGCUCCCACGUGGCUGCAGUCGUCGCAGCAGGGCUCCUGGGGUGGCAGCAAACGUGGGGGCGGGCCAGCCCCUGGGCCAGCCACGGGAGGAGGAGGCAUGGGUCCGGGGUCUGUGCCCGUCAUCCCAAACCCAAACCCCACCACCACCACCCCCCGCCAGCGAAAUGGCCUGACCCGAGUUGAGUGCCCCAAAGGUGAUGGUCCCUACCAGGGGAGAUGAAAGACGCUCGCAUCCCUCCUCCUCACGGCCAGAGCAUGUGCCAAACCGUGGCUUGGGCCCGCGGUGGGUCUCUGCUCCUCUUCUCAAGCCACCAUUCUCCGGGAAGGGGUGGAAGGAGCGUGGGCAGUAGCAGAGGAAAGGACACUGCUGACCCAGGGAAGCUGAAUCCCAGGCCAAAUAGAAGCACCCGACCCCCUGUCUGGAUCACAAGUGUCCCUUUCUUGUCUGAGCACAAAGCCCAGACUGUGCUGGGUGGCAUGCAGGUUGGCCGGCAGGCAGGCCAGCGCCACAUGGAGAUGUCCUAUCUUCCAGGGGAGCUCCUCUGAGAGGAGAAUGGCCGCUGAGUCAGAGGAAAUGACCUCUGGCUCCCCUCCCAACCUCCCCUCAGUGGAUAGCUUGCUGGGGGAGAGAAAUGGCCCUCCUGCCAUCUCUCCCGGGCCUGACUCAGCAGAUGCCAGCCCCAACCGCAGGCCUUGGACCCAACAUCCCAGUGACCACAACCACCCUUGGGUUUCCUUUCCCAUCCAGGGAGGUCUCCUGGGUACCAGAGGUGACCAUUACCUGGGCAUGUGAGGCCUUGACAUAGAUGCCCUUAGAUGGGUGGUAUCCUAAGUCAGGCCUGAGUCUCCCACAGGCAGGAGUGCCUUUGGAAUUACUCACAGGCUCCUUUCAUUCUGUUCCUGCUGUGUGAGACCUGUGCUGAGCACUCUGCAUCCAUGAUCUCCUAGUCCUUACAACAUUGUGCAAGGUAAGUUUAUUAUCCCCAUUUUAGAGAUGAUGACUCCAAGGCUCAGGGAGGUAAAAUGACUUGCCCAAGGUUGCACAACUAAUAAGUGGUGGAGCUAGGUUUCCAGUGCAGGUUUCUCUGCUGGCAUGGCGCCUCUUUGCUAUGGUAUUGCUACAUACUAUCUCUUGUGAGCCAGGCAGAAAAGAACUGUAGAGCCUUCUAGAGGAGCAUUCUUAACCUUCUUCUGCAUUCCUCCAGUGAGGAAAUUCCCUAUGUCUUUUAGGCCUUGGCACACCUUUCCUUCUUCCAGCAAAAUCAGCCAGAUUCUUGCCCCCAGAUGCUCUGUAGGACCGUGCUAUGGCUGGGUUGCCUCCUUUCCUCCCUCCUUCCAUUUUCUCUCUCUGAGGGAAGCUGAGCAGUGAGGGCUACCUCAGUCCCCUGGGAAACCCCCAAGGCCCUAUUCCUUGGUUUGUGGGCUCUGUGGCCUGGUCAGCUUGCAGCCCUGGCUGUAGCAGAAGGAAUUUAGCAAUGAUGGGCCCAUGCACUGCUGGCCCCUGUGGGUGCUCAGUCUAGCUCAGGGGUUAGAAACCCAAAUGCCUCCAAGGCCCAGGUGGACUAGGGCACUAAUCAGCUGCAGUCUGUGUCACCAUCUGAGAAUGUGGACUUGGUAUGACAAGGUUGUCCAGUUUUCAAGUUGACCCAGAAAUGUAUGUAAAAUCUCCUGGUUUUUAAAUCUUGGCAACUAAUCAUAUUUUUAAAAAAUGAUUAUGGGCCAACAAAACAUGUCCAUGAACUGUGUCAAGGCUGAGAGUCACAAGGCUGAGAUCUCUAGUCCAAGGGAAAGUGAUGGCAAUUUUUGCUAGACCAUCUCCAGGCUUGUGUAGAUGUAGUUCCAUGGGCCAGUUUCCACAGUUGAGCCUCUUGAGGCUGCAAGGUGCUGGCAUUUGGUUUGUCAAGUGCAGCUGUAUAUGCUGGUGUAUUUUCACAUCCCCCAUCAGUUCUGCUCCUACCUUGGCACUGCCAGGCAGGUCUCAUCGUCUCUGUCAUACAGGUGAAGAAACUUCAGCUCAGGCGUGGGAAUAGCUGGGAUGGGAUUACACAGCCUGGGCAGGGUAUAAGCAGGAUUUGAACCCAGGGCUCCCUGCUCAGUGCUCUGCGUGUUCACCAGGCUGCCCCUCAAAAGAGGGUACAAUCACCUCCGCUCCCCCCCCCCACAACCCCCGAGGUGUGGCCAACUCCCUUGGAGGGGCAGAUCUGAGUACAGUAGACACCAACCCACUAGGGCCCCAAUCUCUGUUGUCCUGUUUGCAGUUUCGCAAGCCCUGGGUUCCUGGCAUUGUGCUGAGGUUGGAUCACAGAGAUGCUGCCUGCAGGUGAGGGUGUCAAGCCAGUACCUUGGCCUCGCUGGAAAUGAGGUUCUGGCCAGCUCCGCGCCUGGCCGACUGUGGCAGCUGGGACAGUUGCCAUCAUCUCUCUCUGGUUUCAGUUCAUUUGUCUUGGUGUGGGAGGAGUGUAAAAAUGUCACCAAUGCCUCCCUAAAAUGGCCUUCCUGCCAGGACAGUGGGCUUUACAGUCCCCUGGAUUUCAUAAGCCCACAGGCUAUGUGGGCCUGUACUGGCCCCAGCUCCCUGCCUGUAGAGUGGGGAUGGCAGCAGCUCCCUCCUCGCUGAGGUAAUGAAUCUAGAGAGGUUAGCAGGGGGCUUGGCACGUGCAGGGCACGCAGGACAGGUGAGCGGUCACCUUUCCUACCCCACCCUCAUUCCACACACCAUACUCUCCUCCUUCUCUCCUCUGUCCCCCGGCCUGAAUGCCUAUUCCUUCACUUGACCAGCAACUCUGGUGUCACAUCCACGGCUUCCCCUUGUAACCCAGAGCCCCUGUUGCCUGGGAUUCCUUCUUUCCACUCCAGAGCCCCUGGUACACAUCUCCACGUAGACUUUUCCUUUUAUUCACAUAGACGUAUGCAUCCUCAGCUUGCUUACAAACCUCCCUGUGAGGGCUGAGAGCUGCUUUCUCAGUGACAUUUUGGUGAAUGGCCAACAUUUCCCAGGAAUGAACUAGAUGCAGACCUAGCUCUUGAGGUAUUCCUUGUCAGACAGCUAAAAGACCAAACAGGUAACUGGACACCUCCAGUUACUCCUUCAACAAGUGGUUUUUGAGCUACCGUAUGCCAGAUGAUCAAGGCAGAUGUAGCCCUCGUGUUGGACACAGGCCACUACAGAACACUGUGAUUGAUAUCGUUGGACUUCUCAUCCAGCCCUGCAGGGUGAGGUAGCUGGAGGCUGACACGUCCAGGGAGGUAACAGGUGAGGCUGAGGAGCACGCGCUGGGGUGAGAGCAGCGAGGCUGUGUAGCAGCUGGGUUCAGGAGCAGGCCAGGGGGAAAUGGACAGUGUGGAGAGUGGCAGGCCAGGCAGAAGCACAGCGUGGAAGUAGAGAGAGUGGUGGCAAGCACGGUAAUGGGGGCCCAGGUGAGAGAUGACAGUGACCUGACCCAGCCAGCUGCGGUGGGGGGACAAAAGGAAGUGGACAGAUGAAGACACACUAUACUGAGGGUUAAAAACAACAGGAUUUGGCAGAUGGUGAAAACGGUGGGCCCUUUGCUGAGAUAAAAGAGCCAGCAGCAGAUCUUUGGGGUCUAAGGUUAGGGGGCCGGGGUUCUCCAUACAGAGGAGUAAUGUGGGAGGUGCCCACAGCAGUGCACCAGGCCCUAGAGUAAGAGAUCUGUGUGACCUUGGGGGUCAUUUAAUCUCUCUGAGCCAAGUGUUCUCAUCUGUCAAAUGGGCAGAAUGCUCACCUAGUUUAUAGGGUGACUGAGAACUCUCUGUGGCAUCCAGCCCGGGGGCACACACCUCUGCACCCCCAGCUCUGAAACUGUGGACAGCAGUGCUCAUGUUUGUUGGGCAUCUCCAAGCCCUUUGUAUUGAUUAGCUCACUCUUCUCCACGGCCACUGACGAGGAAACUGAGACAACAUGUCACCCUCCAGCUCUCACUCCCAUCCCCUGCUGUGCUCCCAGUGAGUGUGUGGCCUAAGAAAACCCUACAAAAUGAUAUACUCACAAACUCCACAAAUAAACCAAGAUGGAAUCCUGAAAAACGUCCAAAUAACCCGCAAAAAGGUAAGAAAAGAGAAUAAGGAAACAGAAAACAAAUCAUAAAACGGCAGACUUAAGGAUGAGUCUGGCCAAAGGCUCCGCUCCCAGCACACAGUUGGAGUUGGUAUUUACUAGGGACCAGGCAUGCGUUUGAAGGGGAUGGGGAAGGUGAGUGGCUGUGAGCAAGAGGCAGGGUCUGAGUUUGAAGGGCGCCCCAGACCCAGACAGGAGCAUGCACAGGUGUGAAGGGAUAAAGGAACAGCCCUUUGGAAAGGCUUUGAGAAGCUUGGCUUGGUCAGGAAGAGCACUUGGAAAAGCCUGAAUUAAUUCCUUGACAUUUAUAUAUUGGGCAACUACUGUGGAUUAGAUGAGAUAUUACUGAGCAACUCCUAUGGACCAGCCCUGUGUGGGGGUCAGAGGGCCAGCUCAGCUGUGAGACCUUAAGCAGACUUCCUCUCUCAGACCCACAGAGGCCAAGUCUGUAAAAUUCAGCAAUAGUUCCUGCCUCUCAGCUGGAGUUUAGCUAAAUUAGAAAUAAAAAUACCCACCAAGGCUUGUCUACUGUGUGUCAGGCCUUGUUCUGGGCCCCUUCCACACAGAAUCUUAUGUGAUCUUCAACACUGCCUUCUCACUGGGGGUCAUGCCCAUUUGAUAGAUGAGACAGGCUGAGAGGCGACAGUGGCACCCAGUGGGUCUUGGGUGUGGCCUGUCCCAAUCCUCCUAAUGCCCAGCGAGCUGAGCUGGACCCCUCAGGGCACAGUCCCUGUCCUUUGUUCCUUGUUAACCCUAGAGCUGCCAUUCCAUCUCUCCUUCACCCUGUAGCCUUUCCCACUGUUGGGCUGAGGACUGGUUGCCAGAAGCACCAAGUUUUGGUGGGAAGGAGUAGGAAGGCGCGUUUUGGCUACAGGCUGGCCAGCCUGGCCAGUGUCCCCACGACUGCCAAAUCUCCUGUACUGAGUGCUCACGUGCAUUUAUUUACAUCUCACUCAUCACUUAGGGGAAAGUGUUUCAACACAGACUUUGGAUUCACACUCAGGCUAAAUCCUAGCUCUUCCCUUUAUUAGCUGUGUGACCCAGGGCAAGUCACUUCCUUCUCUAAGACUGUCUCAUCCAUCAAAUGGGCAUGACCCCCAGUGAGAAGGUGGUGUUGAAGAUUGCAUUAGAUUACUCUGCAUGGAAGGGGCCUAGAAUGAGGCUUCACACAGUAGACAAUCCUUGGCAGGUAUUUUUAUUUCUAAUUCAGCUAAACUCCAUCACCUCCAGCCCCAGAAGUGCUUUCCUGACCCAGAGCUGUUCCUACUUUGCAGGCCAAGGAGCCCCCUAGUUAGGGCCAGCUUCCUCAGAGCACUCCUGAAAAUUCCUGUGGGCUCAGGAAAAGGAGAAUAACAGAUUUAAUUAACUCCCAGUGACUGGCAGCAUCGUGUUUUUAUCUGGGCUGCGUCACCAUGGCAGCCUCAUGGUGGGGUUGUCGAGGGGGCGGGUGGAGCUAUUGUUCCUGCCAUUGUGUGUUCUGGAACACAGGCCCAGGAGAAAGGGACUGGCACGGGCACCAAUGGCACAUGGCACAAAGCAGUCACGGAGUCAGAAAGGAGCCAUCUGGGGGAGAAGUGUGGGGUGGCCUGUGUGGCCUGGCUUCCCCCCAGCUUGCUCUCAGACCAGUCUAAGUCAACUUAAUGUGGGGUCCCCAGCUUGGGGCUCAGGCUCACUGUGGCCCCCAGAGCUGAAUGCAUGUGUGCCUUGGUUGGGCAUGCUGAGGAUGGGGGGUCCAUGGGGCUCCUGGAAGAGACCCACAAAGUAGCUCAAGCAGCAGCACUUUCCCACCCCAGGCUAGGGUUUUGUGGCCAGGCUUGGGUUCAAAUUAUGGAACCGUCAACUGCCAUCCACACAGCUAAUUGUGUAAAAUCUGUAAAACAGGAAUAAUUUGUUACCCCAAAGGGUUGUAUGGGAAAGCCCCUGGGUAUAAGGCAGUCAGGAAGGGGUCAUUCCUGUUCUGAGGGGGUGGUGAACAGUCGCCUGUCCCUCCUCAGUUAGGGCUCCCUCCUACAUACCUCUUAGGAUGCAAGGUUCCCCUCUCAACCCUGGCUGUGGAGAGGAAAUGGAACUAGAGGUGCCCAUCUGGAGUGAUGUGGAACCAGGUGGUACCGAUUACUUGAGCUAAUUUUCCUACCCUCUGCAGAGAGGGAAAGGAAUUGGGGGAAGAGACAUGGCGGCCUGGAGCUAGAAGGGCCGGGCCAAGUGGGGCUGCGCAUGGGUAGGAGGCUGAGGAAGCGGAGACGGAGCUGGGAUUCAGCGAGCGGAGGCGCCUAGAGUAAAGGAAAAGAGGGAACGGCCCACGCUCGGCGGCGCGUUGGGCUCAGACAAAGGCUGGUAGCACGCAGUAGCCGCGGGAACCACCCGCCCGAUCGCCCCCUACAAGAGCUGAGACAAGCAGGAAGCCGCGGUGCGGUCCGGAAUGUUACACGCUUUGGACAUCCAGGGUUGGGAGCGGAUACAAGGCCUAGGGCGCCCGGGGCUGCCAGGUGUGUAUGCAUAGGGCUGAAGCUGGGCACCGGCGGGCUGCUUGUGGGGCCUAGGAGGUGGACCACCUUUUCUCCGCCGCAAAACAACUGCGCCAUGGCUCCCCUUCGGCGCCCUGGGAGUCUGCCUAUGGGCCUCUCGAGCCCUUUCGGAGCUGGGGUACCCUGCACCCCGGGGAUGCAGAUGGCGAACUCCGUUCGCAGAGGUCGAACCUGGCAUUCGCGCGCCCCCUGCUGGCCUGCCUGGAGUCACCUCGGCUGGGAGGCGGCGGCGGCCGGGUCUCAGAUACGGGAAAGCCCUACGGGGGAAACCUCUGAGCGUGACGUCAUCCAGGUGACGUCAUCGGGCCCCCGCGGAGUGCGGAGGUUCCGUGGAGGAGGCUUCCCCGGGAUUGCGCAGGGCACCGGCGCGGGCAGGGAAGUCGUCCGGGGCUACAGCACGCCUUCACCGCGCCCUGUGUCUGUCCCACAGGUCCUGCGCGGCCCCGGGUGAGGCCCGCCAGCGUGCCUGUCGGCGCCAUGGGAAGGAGCGGGCGCCGCUGCUGCUGCCCCCUGCGUGCGCGCGCACGACUUGAACCCAGCUGCGGGCAGCCCCCGGCCGCGGGUCCCCGAGUGACGCUGGAGGCAUCUGGGAGCUUGGCGCGGGCCCGGGGCCACGUCGAGGAGCCCAUUGUCCAGUGAAGCAGCCGAGGACCCGCCGCCCGCGCCGCAGCCAUGGUUAUGUCCCAGGGCACCUACACGUUCCUCACGUGCUUUGCCGGUUUCUGGCUCAUCUGGGGUCUCAUCGUCCUACUCUGCUGCUUCUGCAGCUUCCUGCGCCGCCGCCUCAAACGGCGCCAGGAGGAGCGGCUGCGUGAGCAGAAUCUGCGCGCGCUUGAGCUGGAGCCCCUUGAGCUCGAGGGCAGCCAGGCCGGGAGCCCCCCCGGCCUGGCGCCCCCGCCACCACCUCACCGCGGCCGUCUCGAGGCGCCGGCGCACGCCCACCAGCACGUGCACGUGCACCCGAUGCUGCACCACGGGCCCGCGCAGCCGCACGCGCACCCGCACGCACACCACCACGCGCUUCCGCACCCACCGCCGCAGCACCUAUCAGUACCGCCGCGGCCGUGGAGCUACCCGCGCCAAGCGGAAUCGGACACGUCCAAACCACCGUGCUACGAAGAGGCGGUGCUGAUGGCCGAGCCGCCGCCGCCCUACAGCGAGGUGCUCACGGACACGCGCGGCCUGUAUCGGAAGAUUGUCACGCCCUUUCUGAGCCGCCGCGACAGCGCGGAGAAACAGGAGCAGCCACCGCCCAGCUACAAGCCGCUCUUCCUGGACCGGGGCUACACGUCGGCGCUGCACCUGCCCAGUGCCCCGCGGCCCGCGCCGCCCUGCCCUGCGCUCUGCCUGCAGGCGGACCGCAGCCGUCGGGUCUUCCCCAGCUGGACCGACUCAGAGCUCAGCAGCCGAGAGCCACUGGAGCACGGAGCUUGGCGCCUGCCGGUCUCCAUCCCCUUGUUCGGGAGGACUACAGCCGUAUAGAGGGCGCCCGGCGUCCCGGGCCCCACCCGCGGACUCCUGGCCUGAUUGCGGGGCUUUUUAAACGCUUCCCUUGGACUGCGGAGG